AUGUCUUCUUCUUCAGCCGGAGAAGUCACAAGAGCAAAUGACAUCAAGAGGGAAAAUGUGAAGGAGGCGGACAAGCAGGAGUGCAUCAAGCUCGUGUCGCUGGAGGCGGCGGAAUUGCCCAUGGAGAGAACGGCGCCCAACGCGGACGUAGUACGCACGGAGCUGCUCGUGAGCGCUGCCUCCUCGCUGGCCUUCUCUCCCGAGCAAGUGGCGUGCGUGUGCGAGGCUCUGCAGCAGGGGGGCAACGUGGACCGCCUGGCCCGCUUCCUUUGGUCCCUGCCCCAGAGCGACCUGCUGCGCGGCAACGAAAGCAUCCUGAAAGCCCAAGCCCUCGUCGCCUUCCACCAGGCUCGAUAUCAGGAGCUGUACAGUAUUUUGGAGAACCACAGCUUCAGCCCGUCCAACCACACCUUCCUGCAGGAUCUGUGGUACAAGGCCCGCUACACAGAGGCGGAGAAGGCACGGGGGAGACCCCUGGGCGCCGUGGACAAAUACAGGAUCCGUAGAAAGUACCCUCUCCCUAGGACUAUUUGGGACGGCGAGGAAACGGUGUACUGCUUCAAGGAGAGGUCCCGGAACGCACUGAAGGAUCUGUACAACCAGAACCGGUACCCCUCUCCGGCCGAGAAGCGCAAUCUCGCUAAGAUUACGGGACUCUCCUUGACCCAGGUCAGCAACUGGUUCAAGAACAGGAGGCAGAGAGACAGAAACCCGUCCGAGGCUCAGUCCAAAAGUGAAUCUGAUGGGAAUCACAGCACAGAGGAUGAGUCCACCAAAGGCCAAGAAGAAUUGUCACCUCGGCCUCUCUCGAACUCUUCAGACGGUGUCAUCACACAUGGGACACUUCCAAUUCAGUCAGGGGCUCUGGACAGUGGGGUGGUCAUCCAGCAAAUCGGGGACAUCAAAAUGCCUCCAGGAUCCAACAGUGGGGGUCUCUACAAUGGAAGUCUGGUCACCAACAGUGCCUCCUCUGCGGCGUUUCACAACGGCGGCUCAUCUUACCUCCACUCACCCGGGAACAUUCUCUUCAACGGGCUCAAUUUGGGCAUCCAGCCUCUGGCUUUCAACUCUCUGAGGCCGACUGGAGGGGUUCUGCUGGGUGGUUCCGGAGUGGACAUGCAAGAGAAAGGACUGGGAGGCUCUCCUGAGGACUCUGGCCUGCAGUACACCUCCCCCUACUCAGGCUGCGUGAACGGCGGGCCCGUGAAACUGGAGGGGGUUCACACCAUGGCCGCCCAGAACGGAGGCUCCUCCGUGUUGACCUUCAGCUCCUCGCUGGGCGGCUACAGCCUGGUGCAGGUACCCGGCGGAGUGUCUGACAGUGAUGGAAGCUCACUUCUUAACAGCGAUGUGGGCCUUCCUCCCCUGCAGCUCUCUUCCUCCUCCUCUUCCUCCUCGCUCACACAAGGUACAAUACCUCUGAACGAUGUCCCAGUGAGCUCAUCCAGUGACGAGUCCUUCCAGCGGCAGGACAAGCUGACCAUGACCUCCUUGCAUCACAGCACAGUCCUCUACGGUAUGAACGACGUCAACCAGCCGCCCAUCAAGAAGGAGCCUCUGGAGGGAGGUGUCUAUUCCUCGUACCACCACGGGCUCCACCUGGACCCGAACGGGCAGAUCGGCUACUCCACCCUUGGCUCCGAGGAGCCUUCAUCCACCCAGGUCCCGGUCUCCGUCACCGCCGCCACCUCGUCCAACCCCGAGGUCUACACCACGCUCACCGUCAGCACGCCCCUUAUGGCCCAAACGAACCCGAGCGCUCACCACCUCCAGCCCGCCGAGUACCUCAGGGGACACGAGGUCAGGGCGGCCCAGCCUUCACACCUCAUGGGCCCCUGCAUGGACAACGACUACAUGAGCCUGUCAGAGAACAAGGUGGACGGCACGGGGCCGCCCAGCGUGACAGACAUGGUGCGGGUCAUGUGCGGCAACAUGGAGCCCGAGGAGGAGAAGGAGCUAGCCAAACUACAGACAGUGCAGAUGGAUGAAGACAUGGGUGACCUUUAA